AUGGCGUCGACCGGGGCUCAAGAGACCUUCCCGGUUCCCAGCGUACUGGCGGCCAUGCUGACCAUGCGCACUGGGGACGCCGAGAAGAAGAAGGCUGCCGUCGACUUCCUGGCCAGGUUUCAGAAAUCAAAAGAUGCCUGGACGACGACCAUCUCCAUCUUGCAGAGCUCGACCGAGGCCGAGGCACAGCUGUUCGCCGCGACCACCUUGAAGGGCAAGAUUACAUACGACCUUGCCACACAGAUUUCAGACAGCGAUUUACCUGCGCUGCGCAGCCAGAUUCUGCUUCUUCUCAAGAAAUUCGCCCCAGGCCCCAAGCCUGUCAGGGUUCAGCUAUGCGUGUGCUUGGCCAUCCUUGCCAUCCAGAUGCAGUCGUGGAAGGACGUGCUACCUAGUGUCGUCGGGGCUCUCGGGAAUGACGUCGCCAGCCACGCUUGCAUCCUCGAUUUCCUCCGAGUGCUUCCAGAAGAAGUCACCGAAGGCCGGAAGAUCACCUUGUCUGAAGAAGACCUCGCCCAGAGGACAUCAGAGCUGCUAGCCGACAAUGCUGAGCAGGUCGUUCAGCUGCUCGUCAAUUACGCGCAGUCUUCUCCUGCUGCCACAACCAAUCCCCAGCUUUUCGACUGCAUCAGCUCAUGGCUCCGCGAGGUCCCGGUCAGCGUCAUCGUUAACUCGCCCCUUAUGGGUGCCGUCAUGCACGGGAUUGCCGAUGACAACUCACUGGCGGCCGCCGCCGAGUGCCUAGGUAUCAUAUGCAGGGAAACCAGGGACGUAGACGAUAAUCUCGAGACUAUACAAGCGCUCCUCCCCAGGGUGCUCGAGCUCAGGCCACGCAUCCAGGCAUUGGUGGAUGAUGACGACUCUGAGGGCUUUAAGGCCAUUACGAAGGUAUUCGCAGAUGCGGGCGAGUCCUGGGUUCUGAUCAUUGCCCGCCAGCCGCAGCACUUUCGCCCCCUGGUUGAUUGCUUGCUUGAGUGUUGCGCAAGGGACAAGGAGAGGGAUGUCAUCGGCUACACAUUCACAUUCUGGUACGAGCUCAAGCAAUAUUUGGUGCUGGACCACUACAUCGAGGCGCGGCUGCAGCUCGUCGAGGUCUUCUCGAGGCUCGUCGACAUCCUCCUCAAGCAGCUCGAGUACCCCCAUUCCGACGACCCGAACGAGCUCGACUUGUUUGACGGUGACAGGGAGCAGGAGGAGAAGUUCCGCUCGUUCCGCCACCACAUGGGAGACACACUCAAGGACGCCUGUGAGGUCAUGGGCGUCGCUGCCUGCCUCACCAAGGUGCACGACGCCAUCAAGGUUUGGCAGGAGAAGUACGCCAGCCAGGCCACGCAGACUUCUGUGCCCCACUGGCAGUCGCUUGAGGCCCCCCUCUUCGCAAUGCGUGCCAUGGGUCGCAUGGUUGACUCGGACGACAGCAGCGUCUUGCCCCAGAUCUUCCCCCUUCUUGUCCAGAUUCCCAUCAGCAACGCGAAGCUGCGAUUCGCGGCGAUUAUGGUCUUUGGACGCUAUACCGAGUGGACGGCGGCCCACCCCGAGUUCCUCGAGCCCCAGUUCCAGUACAUUGUCUCGUCGUUCCAGGCCGACUCGGAGGAGAUCCUCCGCGCCGCCGCCCAGUCCUUUAAAUACUUUUGCGUCGAUUGCAAGCAGCUGCUUGGCGCCCAGGUCAUCCAGCUGCAGGCAUUCUAUGAUCAGAUCCUCGAUAAGCUCCCUGACCCUAGCAAGGAGGAGAUCACCGAGGGUGUUUCGACCGUGGUAGGGGUCCAAAAAGCCGAAGACGUGUACAAGCUCCUCAAGCUGUACUGUGAUCCCCUGGUACAACGGUUGAUGCACAAGGCCAACAAUGCCACCGAUAACCAGUCGAAGCUCGACCUUGCUGAUCACAUUAACCUUCUUGCCUACUUCACCCAGAACGUCGUACCGUACGUCCCCGCCAAUGCCGAGAACCCUGCGGUUAAGUACUGGCAAGAAGUUUUUCCCGUCCUGGCGACCAUCCUUGACAACUUCAUCGACUUUGUCCCCAUCUGCGAGCGUGUGUGCCGUUGUUGGCGCUUCAUGGUCAUCUGGUAUCGGACGGCCAUCACACCGUUAUUAGGCCCCAUGGCCAACAAGCUGGCCGAAGGAUUCUCAAAGUCGAAGCAGGGCUGCUUCCUUUGGGCGACGAGCGCCAUACUACGCGAGUUUUCUGAAGACCGAGAGCACGUGGACGACAGGAUUACUGAAGACAUAUACGUGUUCUUCGAGGCGCAAGCGACCAACGUGCUCCGGACCAUGAGCGACCUGCCGCCCAUCGACCUGCCGGACGUCAUUGAGGACUUUUACCGCCUCCUCAUUGACGCGCUCCUUUAUUAUCCUACCAAACUUAUCCCGUCUCCUCUUUUCACCCCGAUCUUCCAGGCCGCCAUUUCGGCUCUGGCCCUGGAAAAACAAGAGCCCGUCUCGGCGGCGCUCCACUACAUACGGGAUGUGCUCACCUACGGCGGCCCGAAUCCUGCUCGUUCCGGCAGCGAGCUUGGUCCGGCAGGCGCGCAGCUGCGCGAGAUCGUCAAGCAGCUGCUACUCGCGCAGGGUGAGGCGCUCGUCAAGCAGACGCUCGCCGGCAUGAUGAUCACGUUCCCGCGCGACUGCUUCGCCGACGGCAGCGGGGUGCUCCUCGGCAUGUUCCAGCUCGUACCAGCCGAGACCACCCAGUGGGUCGACCGCACCAUCCGCAUGCUCCCGGCGGGCACCAUCACCGCUACCGAGGCCGACCGCCUGCUUGCCAAGAUCAGGGACAAGCUUCAGGGCGGCGACUCGGCUAGUGUGCGACAGAUUAGGGCUAUCUUGCAGGACUUUACAAAUACCUAUCGGAGGAGGUACGUGGCACCUAGGGAUGGAUUGGGUCUACUUGAGGCGGCGCGCUUUCAUUUUGAAGGUUAG